AUGUCGUCUGCCAAUAUGUCGGCACAGAAAAGGGCUUACCGACAACGGAGGAAAGAUCCGAGCUGCGAUGCCUGCAGAGAGCGGAAAGUCAAGUGCGAUGCAACAGAAACAACCAGCUGCUCAGAAUGCUCGAGCCGCAAUGUCAAGUGUCAAUUUACAAAAGAGACCAACCGGCGGAUGUCAUCUAUCAAGCAAGUACAGGAUUUGGAGAAGCAGAUUACACAGAUCAAACGGGAGAAUUCACAGCUACGGUCGAUGCUAAAUGGUCGAGAGGGCCAGAUGGAUAUCGAUAGUGAGGGGCCUCAGCAAAUGCAGAUACAACUACCAGAAAUUGGUUCACAUCCCAAGAGGAGGCAGAGACCGCCCCCUCCCCAGGAACUCUCACGGGUACGGUCGAAUAUCCGAAACUUCGGCCGGGGUAUCUUCAAACCGCCUGCACCGUACCGGCAAAUAGGGUCGCAAGCACAUUUCAAUCCUCCUCGUCCGGAUCUUCCCCCGAAACACAUGGCCGACCAUCUUCUUGGCUCCUACUACGCUUCAGUGCAUAUGAUAAUACCUAUUCUGCACUGGCCCACGUUCGAGGGGGAGUACGAAGCUGUCUACAAAGCGGGAAGUCUACAUGGUGUUCCUCCAGUAUGGAGCUCCCUCUUCUUUUCUGUCUUGGCAGUUGGCGUUCUGUUCAGUACGGAACCCAGUAUUCACAGGCCAAAUAAAGGCAAGGAAUAUAUCGAAACGUCCCGGGUGCUCAUAGACAUGUGGAAUGAUGAAUUUGUCAUUGAUCACGCAAGAGCAGCAAUCUUGACCAGCGUUUUUCUUACGGAGAUGAACCUGAAAUCAGCGGCGUGGACGUGGCUUGCCUCCGCGGUUCGAAUAGCCCAAGAUAUUGGUCUACAUUGUGAGACAGGACCAUGGCCCAUGAUUGAAGGAGAAAUGCGGCGCAGAGUAUGGUGGGGAAUCUACGUUUGGGACCGGCAUAUGUCUCUUGAACUUGGACGGCCCCUACUAAUCGAAGACGCUGAUUGCGAUGUUAGUCUCCCAGCGGCCAUCGAUGACCACUAUAUUCACGAUGCGGGGAUGAUGGUCCCUAGUGGCGUUUCUCCGCUAACCAACUUUAUCUUGCCUAUUAUACACGUUGUCCGCUCUGUUUCCCAGCUCAUCAAGACAUUGAAAUCACUCAUGAUCUCACCUUCAACCCUUCAGACCUUCGACACACACUUCAGCUCUUGCAUGGCAGCAUUUCCUCCAUCUUGCCAACUUACCGCACACGAGCCUCUAGAUCCUCGCAUACUAGCUCCCGUAUGCCAUCUCAUGAACGCUCGCCUCAUACUUCACCGUCACAAUCUCACUACGUCUUGUCCACCGGAAGUCAGGGGAAAUGCAAUGGAGCAGUGUAUUCGAGCAGCACUUGACUCGGCGAAUUUGGUUGCAAGAGCAAUGGCAUCAUCGACUCCCUCGAAUCCAUCAACACCUCCAUUUGGUCCUACCGCGAAUGCUAUGACAUGUACGCACAUCUGGAGAUGCACUCUAUUCCUGCUAUUCGGUGGCCAUUUCGACGCUGCACUCACUUGCAUCCGCGCUUCUGCGAGCAUCGCUACUCUUCGGGACGUCAAUGUGGCAUGCGGUCGAAAUGUGGCAUUCUUUCUAGGAGUAUUGAUUGAGAAACGACGGGCGGGAGGAUUGGUUGGAAGCAAAGGGUAUCGCAGGGAGCGGGAAAUGGAUGAGGAAUUGAUGGCAUACGUCUCCGGGGACCUACAAGCCAGUCCAGAAAACAGUUGGAUUUGGACAGGCAGCGAGACAGGCAUGAAUAUAGUGGGGAGCAGCGGAGCCGCAAAGAUAGGCGCAAGCCCGACGCUACUAGGCGGUGGGAGGGAGGAGGGCACGAACGUCCUUACGGAUGUGGAGGCUCGAGACUGGGGAGGUUGGGAGCGAGUGGAGUACUUGGUUGGCGUCCUGGCACGGGAACAAGGCGGUUACGUACAACCUGUGCACGCUAGCUACGGAUCUGGUUCAAGCGGAGGGGGCAUGGGUUUCGAGAGGAACCAAAAUCAAGAUCGGAAUAGAGGCAACGAGCGGAUGAGCAUCACGAAUAUCAUUUGA